AUGAGUGCCGACCGCGUCUUCUCGGAGGGCGAUGGCGCCCCAUCGUUAGCGCUGCAGAUUGGCGGGGCGCCGCUUGCCGACGUCCUCGCCGACAUGAUGCGGCUGAUACGCUCUCAGGCGGCGGAGCUGGCGACGCUGCGCCGCACCGCGGAGGAGGGGAUUGCCCGUAGCGAGUGUGGUUUGAAGCGGCACGGCGAGGUGCUAAAUAGCCUCUCUGCGGACCUGCGGCUUCAGGUCCGCCCCAUCCACCACCACGCUCAGCCGUCCAUGCCAACCAUGGCGGAUGCCGUGGCGAAUGUGGAGUGCCGGCUUGGGCGGGUUGAGCGGGCAAGGAAGGUGGAGCUUGCCGAGCAGCUCAGUGAGGUGACGGCGAAGAGGCUUAUAGCCACGUUUUACAACCCCUGGCUGCUCCACCGAACGAGGCGUGUCAGGAGUUAUUUACUGCUGGCAGACACAAGGAAAACCAUGCUGCGGCGAUACUUGCGGCGAUGGAAGCGCUAUGUUUCACUCCGUGGGAGGCAACUGGCUCGGCGGCGCCACCUCACUGGGCUCGUCGCGGCGCAGGGGCGGCGGUUGUUGCUUAGGUAUUGGUGUCAGUGGAUCCACGCUGCGGCGUCCAAGUCACAGGCGCGCUUGCAGCGGCGGAUUUCCGCCGCCGCCGCCGCCGACGCGGUGCUUCGCCUCACCUGUCGUGGAAUUGCACGACGCUACCUGCGUGCCUGGGUGCGGUUUUCAGAGUCCACCAGGAAUGUCAAUGGCCGGGCCCGUGGGGCACUCCUCUUGGAGCAAAAAACGGCUAGGCUUCUGGCAGGGGGCUACUUUCGGAAGUGGAUUGACACCCACCGCCGGCGCCGUAUCCCCGCAAUGCGUCUCAAGGCGUUGGAUGUGCUGCGAGUGAAGCUAUGCCGCAACCUGGCCAGCUCCUACUUCAGGGCGUGGCGCGAUAUUCUUCCGCACCGGCGUCAACGGCGUCGUAUUAUCCGUCUCAUUCCGCAUUUGCAUCACACCAGCCUCGCUGCGUUGGCGCGGCGCUACUUUUCUCGCCUCUACGCCUUUCGACUUGUGCGCCGUGAGGCACGCGUGGUGGCGACGCUGGAGCAACGCCUGAAAGCGCUUAGCGAAAGAGCCGACGGACUUCAGCGACAGCUGGACAUGGGCUUACACACCUUGUCGCAUACCAACAGUGUUCUUGCCAGGGUCGUGGACACAGUUAUGAUUGCCGAGGAGCCGUGCUCCGCCCUGCAGACGCUGUUGCAAGAUGAGACGGUGAUGAAUUUACCGACAGUGCCCUCAGUGGGAGAAACCGAAGGCCAUCCGGAAGCCUCGUCCUCCCCACUCGCUGCGAAGCCUCACAGCUGCGGGGAGUCAGCGCCUGCUACGGGGCCGGCGCAGCAAUCGAAUGAUGAGAAUCGCUGCAGCAGUGCGAGCGAGGUGCUUCGGAGCCUGCGUGCUCGUCUAGAAAAGACGUACAAAGUGGCUAGAAACGAAGCGUAG